UUAGAUAAAUUAUAUCGUCGUCUCUCGUCGACCACCCCAGUCCGCGCUCCAUCGAUUCAAUGGCGUUCUCUUCGCCAUCUCUGCUGUCGUCUCGGUCUAUCUACCUGAUUAACCCCGUGCUCUUCUCUCCUUCCGCCCGCCGAUUUGGCGCCAGACCUCGCAGAUGGAACCUCUGUCGUCCCAAUCGGAAGUUCUUAUCGGUAAUGGCGACAGAGAACGAGGUUUUUACUUCUCCGGAAGUAGCGAAGUCAUUUGAUUUUGCAUCGGAGGAACGCAUCUACAGCUGGUGGGAGGCUCAAGGGUUCUUCAAGCCCAGCUUUGACAGGAGAGGAGAUCCUUUUGUAAUUCCAAUGCCACCUCCAAAUGUGACUGGAUCGCUACAUAUGGGGCAUGCAAUGUUCGUCACUCUUGAGGACAUAAUGGUUAGAUAUAACCGCAUGAAAGGUAGGCCUACACUUUGGAUUCCGGGUACAGAUCAUGCUGGCAUAGCAACUCAGUUGGUGGUGGAAAAACUGCUUGCAUCUGAAGGCAUCAAAAGGUCUGAACUGAGUAGAGAGGAGUUUACAAAAAGAGUGUGGGAGUGGAAAGAGAAGUAUGGUGGAACAAUAACUAGCCAGAUAAGAAGGUUGGGUGCAUCAUGUGAUUGGACCAGGGAACAUUUUACUCUUGAUGAGCAACUAAGUCGGGCCGUUGUUGAGGCAUUUGUAAAGCUUCAUGAGAAAGAACUCAUUUAUCAAGGUAUUACAGAACUAAUGGACUAUACUUUUUAUUAUGCUUGGGCAUGUUUAUUUUAUACACCUUCUAAUUGCCUACUGUUUCUUUUCUCAUCGUCUUUUGUAUUGAUUAGGAAUGAUUUUUUGACAAUAGCAACAACACGUCCUGAGACGCUAUUUGGUGAUGUAGCCAUUGCAGUGCAUCCUACGGAUGAACGCUAUGCCAAGUAUAUAGGCAGACUGGCAAUUGUACCUUUGACAUUUGGCCGACAUGUUCCUAUUAUCGCUGACAAAUAUGUUGAUAAAGAGUUUGGAACUGGAGUCUUGAAGAUUAGUCCUGGACAUGACCACAAUGAUUAUCAUAUUGCUAGAAAGCUUGGCUUACCGAUACUCAAUGUUAUGAACAAAGAUGGUACUUUGAAUGAGGUCGCUGGGAUAUACUGUGGAUUAGACAGAUUUGAGGCUCGAAAGAAGGUUUGGUCUGAUCUGGAAGAGACUGAUCUGGCAGUAAAAAAGGAACCUCAUGUAUUACGAGUUCCCAGAUCGCAGCGUGGUGGUGAAGUAAUAGAGCCACUUGUGAGUAAGCAGUGGUUUGUCACUAUGGAGCCAUUGGCUGAGAAAGCCCUUCAUGCUGUUGAAAAUGGAGAAUUGACCAUUCUUCCUGAGAGAUUUGAGAAGACAUAUAAACACUGGCUGACAAAUAUCAAAGACUGGUGUAUAAGUAGACAGUUAUGGUGGGGACAUCGAAUUCCAGUUUGGUAUAUUGUUGGCAAAGAUAAUGAAGAGGAUUAUAUUGUUGCUAGAAAUGCUGAAGAGGCUCUUGUUAAAGCCCAUGCCAAAUAUGGAAAAUCGGUGGAAAUAUAUCAAGAUCCUGAUGUCCUUGAUACCUGGUUUUCAAGUGGCUUAUGGCCUUUUAGCACCCUGGGCUGGCCAGACAAGAAUGCUGAGGAUUUCAAGCAAUUUUAUCCCACAACCAUCCUGGAGACUGGGCAUGACAUUUUGUUCUUUUGGGUAGCUCGGAUGGUAAUGAUGGGGAUAGAGUUUACUGGGUCUUCCCCUUUUUCUUAUGUUUAUUUGCAUGGGCUUAUCCGUGAUUCCCACGGUCGAAAGAUGUCUAAAACCCUAGGAAAUGUCAUAGACCCUAUUGAUACUAUCAAAGAAUAUGGUACUGAUGCCUUGCGAUUUACACUUUCUUUGGGCACCGCUGGUCAGGACCUGAAUCUUUCCACCGAGAGAUUGACAUCGAACAAGGCUUUCACUAACAAACUAUGGAAUGCUGGCAAGUUUGUAUUACAAAAUUUGCCUAAUAAAAGUGAUGCUUCUGCAUGGCAACACAUAUUAGCAUAUAAGUUUGAUACUGAGACGGCACUUCUUAAAUUACCGUUACCAGAGUGUUGGGUGGUCUCAGAGCUUCAUGAGCUAAUUGAUGUUGUCACCACGAGUUAUGAUAAAUUCUUCUUUGGAGAUGCUGGCAGAGAAAUAUAUGAUUUCUUCUGGGGUGACUUUGCUGAUUGGUACAUUGAAGCGAGCAAAACUCGAUUUUACCAUUCAUGGAGCAACUCAGUAGCCUCUGUAGCACAAGGUGUCCUUUUAUAUGUUUUUGAGAACGUUUUGAAAUUGUUGCAUCCAUUCAUGCCAUUUGUCACUGAGGAACUAUGGCAGGCAUUGCCUUACCGAAGGCAAGCACUAAUGGUGUCACAUUGGCCCCGGACUUCACUUCCAAGAGAUGUCAUGUCUGUAAAAAGAUUUGAGAACUUACAAUCAUUGAUUAGAGCUAUUAGGAAUGUUCGGGCUGAAUAUUCUGUUGAGCCUGCUAAACGAAUAUCUGCAUCUAUUGUUGCUAGCAGUGAUGUCCUUGAAUAUAUAUCAAGUGAAAAAGAGGUAUUGGCGCUGUUAUCUAAGCUAGAUCUGCAACAUGUUAACUUCGUGCAAUCUCCUCCUGAUAAUGCAAAGCAAUCAGUCCAUUUAGUGGCAAGCGAAGGUUUGGAGGCAUAUAUACCUCUAGCAGAUAUGGUCGAUAUAUCAGCAGAACUCCAACGGCUUUCAAAGCGCCUUUCCAAGAUGCAAGCAGAAUAUGAUGCUCUCGUUGCUCGCCUCAAUUCUCCUAGUUUCGUAGAGAAGGCUCCCGAGGACAUUGUACGUGGAGUUAGAGAGAAAGCAUCUGAUGCAGAAGAGAAAAUAUCACUUACAAAAAAUCGGCUUGACUUCCUCCAAGCAACAGUUUUGUCCACAGACUAAUUCAGAUUCGCCCAUUAUUCUUUUCUCCAGAUUAUUCAAGAGGAGAUAGUUUCAAGGCAUUAUUCCCUUCUUCAACCUGCUUCAAAUGGUGACAGUAAGAGCAGGGGGCAUGAAGCUGCUCGUGAACAUCACAUGCGGAAAUUAAGUUUUCUUGAUCGUGCAUAAGUGUGCUUUUUAUUUCGCUGCUCCCCUUGAUCCAAGUAUUUGUAUUGCAGCUAGAGAAAAGACAAUAAGUGGAUAUUAUUAUGGCAAAGAAACAUUAUUAUGUCCCAUAUUUAGUAAUUGAAACAAUUUGUAUGCACUUGAUCAUA